AUGAUUGAUAAAUUACCCAUAGAGCUUAUAAAUAUAAUAGCCAAGUCGCUAAAUCAAUUUGAUUUGGUGAAUUUGUCUAGCACGAAUAAGUCUUUGCAUCAAAUUCUAAUUCCUAAAUUGUAUAAAUCAAUAACCGUGGAUUCUUCGAAAACCCACCUUCAAUUUGAACUAUCAUCUAGCACUACUACUAUUAAAUCCUUGCAUUCUUUGAAAUUAUUUUUGAAUAAACUUACUACAAAUCCUCAAUAUGGUGACUUUAUAAGAUAUUUUGCAUUAAAAAACGAAAUUCCUGAUAUACCUGAAAUAAUAUUAAAUGAAUACUUAAAAAAAAUAUUUCCCAUCUUGACAAAUCUUAACACUUUGAACUGGUUUAUUGUUGACACGUAUCUUUCGUUUGAAAUAUUGAAAUACUUGCCUUUAGGAAAGCUCUGCAACCUCGGAGGAAAUUUUAAAAAUUUCGAAGUAGUGAAAACUUUGAUCCGACAUCCACUCUUGGACUUAAAAAUAUUGGAGAUUUCUGGGUUUAACAUCGCUUCAAAUUUGUCAAAAAUAGACUUAUUGAAGUUUCCAAAUUUGCAAGAAUUGACUAUUCUGAAAAAUUCUUGUGGUAAGCCAAAGAGUGUUACUAAUUUAAUUGAGAUUGAUUCAAUCGAUGAAAACUACUUGUCAACUAUUUUUUUUCAUGUGCAAAACCUUAAUUUAUCUUCACUUACAUUAAAGGACUUUUGCAUAACUUCUACAAAUGCAAAUGAUUUAAUCAAGGCGAUUAAUCUUCCCAAAUUAAAGAAACUUGCAAUAAUUAACUGUACUGAAAAUAUGUUUGAGAACGAUUCUUUCAUUAGGAGAAACCCUCCUGCUACACUUUUUCUUGAUAUACUAAGAUCUCACUUAUCAGAUUUAGAGAGUCUAGUGAUAGAUUUCCUGAAUGAGCUCGCAGACAAUAGUAGCAUAUUGCGUUUGCUUAAUAUGAUGUGUUUGAAGGAACUUGAUAUACUCAUAACAUGUAAAAAUGGAGAAAGCCUAAAGGAAGAUUUGGCUGCAAUAAUGAAUAGUCUAACAAACCAUCCUUUGAAAGAAUUAAAAUUAGAUUUCUUUAUACCUAAUACCAAUUGCAAAAAAAUCACUUUCCCAAUAACGACAUUAUCUAAUCUUUCAAAAUUAAAUCAGCUACAAGUACUUAAAGCUCCUAUCGAACAUCGCCACAUUAAUAACUUAUUCCCAAUAAUAUCUGAAUUAGGUGAACUAAUGAUACUCCAUUUAGUUGUCAACACACAAAAAAUGGCCACAAAUUGUUUGAUUGAUCAAAAUUAUUUUAAUUUUGCAGUUCCCGGCUUAAGUCAUUUACAAGAAAAUCUAUCUUCACAAUUUUACGAAUACUGCAAACGCUUCAAGUUUUGCAAUCAAAAUUUAGAAUAUUUGAUAUUUGAAACCUCAAAAAAGCUAAUGUUUGAAUGCCGAAAUAGAAUAGAAUUAAUAGAUAUGUAA